AAACUAAAAUGAAAGGGGACGAACUAAACAGCGGCAGCGUUACAGCGUAGUGUUGAACCAAAAACUUAUCCCUCCACCUUUUCCACGGCCGCCGCCGCGUAGAUACUCGCCCCCCCUAGCUUUCCUCUUCUUCUUUCUACAGUGAGGUACGAAGGAAGAGGAUUGGAAUGGGAUCCUCGAAUAUCAGGGACCUCUUGACUUCGUUCAGUCCGUCUUUGGACUUCUUCGCUAUCAGUUCUGGCGAUGGUCGAAUUAAGAUUUGGGACACCGUGAAGGGCCAGGUCCAGACUGAGUUUGCGGAUAUUGUUUCAUCCGGUGAAGCUAAUUUGUUUGGUAAACCAGAAAGGGGCCAUCUUUCGGUUGAUUACACGUGCAUGAAGUGGUUGUCUUUAGACAAAAAGAGAAAAAGGAAGCUUGGAAGUUCGUUGUUGAUAUUAGGAACGGGGAGUGGUGACGUAUUAGCGCUGGAUGUAUCUGCUGGUCAAAUGAAGUGGAGAGUUAGUGACUGUCAUCCUGGUGGUGUUAGCACGAUUUCAUUUCCAACACAUGAUUCAUGCAUAUACACGGCGGGCAAGGAUGGGAUGAUUUGCAAGCUAGAUUCAAUGACAGGAAACUUGCUAGGGAAGUUCACAGCUUCUACAAAGGCAAUAUCUUCUAUGUCUGUUUCAUCAGAUGGGAAGACAUUAGUGACUGCAGCUGCUCAACUAAAGGUUUUCAAUUGUUCAGAUUACAAAAAGAUACAGAAGUUUUCAGGCCAUCCUGGGGCUGUCCGUUGUAUGAUCUUCACUGACGAUGGGAAAUACAUUCUUUCUUCUGCUGUUGCUGAACGUUACGUUGCAGUAUGGAAACUGGAUGGCGGAAAAAAGCAAUCAGCUUGCUGUGUUCUUGCAAUGGACCACCCUGCUGUUUUUCUGGAUAGCCGGUGUGUUGAUGCUGGGGAUGUAGAUGGUGCUGGCCUCUCUGUCUUAGCCAUCUCGGAAAUGGGAAAUUGUUAUUUUUGGUAUGGGAGGAAUGUUGAGGAAUUACGCAAUAGCAAGCCAACAAAAGUUUCCUUAUCUCUUGAUGACCCAUUCUCCAAGACUCAGAAGGGUGCAGUACCUACUAUAUUAGCUGCAAAAUUGCAAGGAAUUGCGAAGCCUGCCUCUGGGCACGUAUUUUUGGCCUAUGGGUUGGCAAUAAAGCCAUCAUUUGAGAAAAUCCUAGUCCAUUCUGGCACAGAUAUAAGAUUGAACAGUUCCUCUGAUGGACUCCUUCUACCCAUCACUCAAUCCCGCAAGUCUAAACAAGGGUCAAAUAAACGUAACGAAGUUAGUGCUCUAGACCGUGCGAAUGCAGAAGAUGCCCUACUUCCAAUGCCUACAUUUUUUGAUUUGCAUCAACAAAAGAAAGGACAUCAAAAUUCAAGUAUUGUCCCUGAUGAGGUAAUGGCUGAUGAUUUGUUCGACGGCAAGCGGAGAGCCCCAGUUGAGGCCAAGAAAGAUGACUUCAAUGAGGAUGGAGACACUCCUAUUGUGUGCAUGGAGGACCGACUCAGGGUGUUAGGCAUACUUGACAGUAAGGAUGAUCUUACAUCUGAUACGGUUAUAGAUUCUACGAAGUUGAGGGGAAUCGAUAUUGAGGCUAAUUUGCUGCAGAGGAAGAUGAGGGCAGCUAUUUUAUCCAUGGCUCCUAGUGAUGCUUACAAGCAAUUACAAGUCUUGGUGGCCACGUGGCAGUCAAGGUCAUGCCGUGGAAAGUAUAUUCUCCCUUGGAUCUGUUGCAUAUUGGUGAAUCACAGUGACUACGUCAUAUCUCAGGAACCAGUGACCAAAUUGCUGGAUGCCUUAGAUAGGCUUACUAAGUCUAGAGGGGCAUCGAUUCAUUCUUUAUUACAAUUGUCAGGUCGUUUGCAACUUGUAACGGCACAGAUUGACAAGGCUAUUCAGAAUGAAGGUCAGAGCUUUUUGCAUGAUCAGCAGAUGGAUGAAAGCGAAGAUGAUGAUGUUGAUGACGUUCUUUAUGGUGAAGAAGACGAAGAAUCCCAAAGUAGUGACGAUGAUGAUGACUAGGAUUUUUCCCUCCACAAGAGGGUCUACAAAACAGUUGUAAGAAUUCAAGCUCACUUCAGUUGGGAUAUUAAGUGCAGGGUUAUGCUGUGGGUGGACAAUUAUUGUCCUGUGACAGUAUGUUACGUGAUGCAUAUGAAAUUUGAUAUUCGAGAAUUCUCUCUACGAAAACCUCUGCUAAUGAUCGGUUGCAAAUUUUAUAGAAGUCAUCUUGUUUUUUUCAAUUGGUCUUUCUGGUAGGAUCUUUGGAGAAUUGAAUAUGUUCAAUAAAUCAAGGAGAUCUAGCGACCUUUCUUUGUUUAAUCCUGCUUUACAAUCAGAUGGAUGUUUGAGUAAGUUCAAAUGCUUAAUUUGCGGAGGCACUCCUGGUCAAUUUUUUUUCUAAUGAUCAAGGAUCUCUUGGACAACGAAGGGAUAGCCAAGUGGUAAUGCUUCCCUUUUACCAGGAAGGAGACCUGGCUUCGAUUCUCAUUAUGGGGUUCCAUUCCACCUCCUAGGUUAGGUUAGAUUAGGUUUCUUGCAUGUACUCAGAAAAGAAGAAAAAAAAAGAAAAAGAGGACCUCUUGGUUUCGCAGUUUGCAAAAGCUAACCGAGCUAAGAAAUGAUCAGGGCUCUUGGUUUGCAGAAAAUAACUAAGCUUUUUCUCAUGGUAAGGACACUACUAUAAAGCUCGUUUUGUCCAGGCUGUUGGAGCUACUCUUCAUCCAUCUUGUUUUCAAACCCCAAGGGGUGGCGCAGCCGUUGUCAUAUGGCACCCCGGGCCCCAAGAAGUCUUUGGUCUAGGCUUCGACUCCAUCCCACGUGCUAUCAAUUCCUAUGCUGGGCCAGUUUGUACGGGGCUUUGUCCGGCUUUAAUUAGCCCCCCGUUGGUGAUUUGGUGUUUGACUCCUCUCACAUGCUUAUCAAUUCCUGUAUUGUGCUAGUCCAUGAAGGAUUUUAUCCCUCCUUUAGCCCUUAGUUGGUCCCUCUGUUACUGGAGGUAGGAUAGGUCCCUCGGGCUGGAUACCGUGUAAUUAAUUUCUUUUUUUCCUUUUUUUUUUUUCUUUUUCUUGCUGUUUUUGGUUACACAGAUGCAUAUGUGACUUUGAUGCUAAUUGUUUGAAUUCCACAACAGGUUUCAUUUGCAUGGUUUUUUCCUUUCCUGGUGGAUUCACAGAUAGGUUGAUGUGGCUCGUAUCUAA